ACUGUAUAGACAGUAGUCCCUUGUUUUCGAUAUCUAGAUGUCUACUGUCAAUUUUAAACUGCCAGACUCACCAGAAAGUGAUCAUGCCGACCAAUCCAAUUUUGAGUUCACUGACGAUUACUUCGCUUUGGACAGUUGGCUGGGGGAUUAUCCUGAAGCAAUCAGCUCAGGGACAACUAAGAAUCCUGUUAAUCAAGCCAAUGAAGUUAAUGAUUUUGCUGGCGCUAGCAGCCUCCUUCAAGGACCAGCUGGUAACGAAGAAAGUGAAACUAUCAGGGAGAGGAGGGAAUUCAAAGAAAGAUAUGCAUUCAGGACCAAGUCAGAGGUUGAGAUACUUGACGAUGGGUACAGAUGGAGGAAAUAUGGGAAGAAGAUGGUGAAGAACAGCCCAAACCCAAGGAACUAUUAUAGAUGUUCUGUUGAAGGAUGCGCCGUGAAGAAAAGAGUUGAAAGAGACAGAGAGGAUCCAAGUUUUGUAAUUACAACUUAUGAGGGGAUCCAUAAUCACCAAAGCGCUUCUUGAAUCAGUGGUUUUCUCAGGUUCCAUCGAGUUCUUUGACAGUCAAUAUCUCACAGCCAGUACUCCUGCAGAAGGCCUACAUCUGCAUCGAUCACAUGAUACUCAGCAUGAUACUCAAUUCAUGUAUGGUUAAGAAAACUAAAGAUCUAAGGAUCGGAAUACAUGGGGUUUGGCCACCUUUAUAUCUUUCUGUUGCUUUAUUUUGUAUAAUUUGUUGGCUGGCGGAACCCUGAGUUUCACUCCCCGUUUUCAACUGAUAGAUUUUAAUUAUAAGUUGAUAGCAUUGGUGAAUUUGACAGAAGGAUGCCUGUUACGUGUU